CGACCACCACCAGGCCACGUUGUGAGCAUCAGGAAGUUCCUCUCCGACACUGAGACUCCCUGUAUACCCCUCUUAGCAGCCAAGUGCGAUGGAAGGUCGAGGACAGCCAAGAGGAAGAGGAAGAGGCAGUCAUGAAGGAGGAAGAGGGAGCGGAGGGCGUGGUGGACGUGGUGGACGUGGCUGGCGCGGAGGACGAGGCUCACGAGGAGGGAAAAUGCAAGGAGGAGGAAGGGGCAGAGGUGGGCCUUCUCAAAACCUCCAUCCAUCCCACCACCGGCAGCAAGUGGCAACACCUACCAAUGACGAUCGCCACCCCAUCCACUGCCUUCCUAAUGAGGUCCUCGAAAUUAUCUUCCUCUUCAGCAUUCCUGACGAGCUCGCUAAUCCUACACCCGGCUCUCACGUUGCAUACUAUGCCUACCUCGAUCGUUGCAAGAGCAUCGACUACCCGCACUUCCUCGGCCGCGUCUGCCGCCGAUGGCGCGUCGCCGCGCAAGGAUGCCCCAUGCUCUGGUCCUACAUCUGCGUCGACAUUGGCGCGCGCAAGCCAUACAACGCCUCCUACUACACCAGCGUACUCGCCAAGUCGAGCGAAAAUCCUCUCACCCUCUCCUUCGUCGUCGGCAAGAACCAGCUCCUCAACACCGUCCUCCAUGGGCCGGUAUUCUCGCCGCAUAUUCGGCGCGUUCGCAUGCUUUGCAUCCAGCUGUCCUCGUACUUUUUAUCCGCCGAUGCUCCAAGGGUAGACAUCCUGCCGCUCUUCCCGACGGUCGAUACGCCCCUGCUGGAGAGCCUCCGCCUGGACUGCCGAAAGGCCCCUUGGAGCGUCAUCCGGUAUCUCGAAAAACUACAACGUGGCGGAGAACCUAUUCCCGACCACCUACGCUUCUUCCGCCACGCGCCGCGGUUGGAGGAGUUCGCGCUCGAGGGCCUGGACAGCCCAGACGCAACGCACGAGGCGAUGGAGUGUAUGUCGCUUCGCCGGAUGGGGCUGGCGGGCUUUGAGUGGCAGAACAUGACGCGGCUUCGCCUGCCGGACGUACCAAGGCGCGUGUUCGACUUGCUGAGGGUGCUGGGCGAUGCGAAGCGGCUUGUAGAGCUGAGGUGCACGAUAUUCGAAGAUCUGGAGGACGAGUUCUCGUACGAGGGCCACGAUGAGUAUAUCAUCGAUACGGAGGACGAGAUGGAGGAUGAGGAUUGGGAUGAGGAAGAAGAAGAGGAUGAGGAGGACGAAGAGGAGGAGGAGGAGGAGGAGGAAAGUGACGAUGACUAUCCGCACGCUUAUACUCGGUUCGCCGCACGUACCCGCGUCCAGCAGAACCCCAGGGCCCCUACCAAUAACGCCACUUCUCGCGCCCUCGCAGAUGCCCGCCGCGCCGAUAGGGAGUGCCGACAGCGCGAGCUCGCCGCACGCCACGCCGAGCGCGAGGUCGCCCGGGAAAAAAAGCGCCGCGAUAACGCUCGGCUCCUCGGCCCGCACGUCUUCCCCGACCUGACGAAGCUGCACCUCGUCCUCAUGGCGUUCGAGCCGGAGAACUACGGCGAGUACGACGACGAGAACCCGGAGGAGCGCUCGGGCGUUGAGCGGUUCCUGGGCGCGCUGGUUAUGCCGGCGCUAGCGUCGCUCACCAUCGCGCACAGGGGAGAGGAGUUUGAGGGCGGCGGGUACAGCGACGGUGAGGGCUAUGGGUAUGGGUAUGGUGGCGGUGGAGGCGGUGGCGGUGGUGAACCCAAGGUAUACCCCCACCUGAAGGCCUUCGUUCAGCGCUCUGAGUGCGUUGUCCUAACCCUCACGCUCGACAGCCUCGCCAUCGAGCAAUCUGAGCUCCUCGAUAUCCUCAAGCUCUUCCCGCACGUGCGCACCCUCCGCCUCGUAGACGCCACGAAAGCUAUGAGCGCGGGCUUUUGGCAGGCACUGGGGCGGCGCGAGCGGGACGGGCGGCUGGCGCUGAUGCCGGAUUUGCACCAUCUCGUCGUGCACCAGGAUCGCGGGCGCACGGGGCGCGGCGGGUUCAUCAACGUGAACGUCCUGGAUGCGGUUGAGGCGCGGUGGAAAGCCGGUAUGGGCGGCGGUGCGCGCGUUGAGGUCGUGCACUGCCCGACGCCGACGAAGGGGCGCAAGGGGAAGCCUGCGCAGGUGCUGGACUCGCAGAUGCGCGGGCGGCUCCGGCGGGUGCAAGGGCGGGCAGAUCUGGAGCUGAUGCUGACGGAGUUGCCGUUCAAGAAGAAGCCCCUAAGGCAGGUUGGCGGCUCAGAUUAUGGGGAGUCAGAAGAAGGUCACUCCGAUGAGGUGGACUACGAUGACGAGUUUGAGUACUAUUGACGGAAUACGUCUUUUAGUGAAAAUAUUGGUCUCGAGCUACAUGUAGGGCUUCCUCUUACGCAUGAGGGCCAUCCACAACACCGAAUUGUGCGCAAGAG